AUGAUAGCAGCUUGCAAUAAAUACCAGAAGAUGAAAAAUACCAUCAACUGGGCAUUAUCAAUCAAGAUAUAUUCAAAUUAUUCUCAAAAACAGAUUCUCAAACAAUGGAUGGGUUUGCCAACUCAAAAAAUAUGGUUAAAGGCUCAACCGAUUGAAGAAAAAUUCAAGUUAUAUGUAAAUGUGAGAGCUAGCAAAGACACAAAUAAAGAGAAAGAUACAAAACUUCAAAAAGCUACAAUUUGGGAUGAAUGA